CAUUAGAUCACUAAGUGCCAGGGUGUUUAGGGUCAAAAAGGCAGAAACGUCCUUGGUCUUCAAAAAGCAAACUUAAACAGAAUGGAGCUCCCUACCCCCGCCGCCACUCAAGUGAGUGCGACCCAUCAGCCGCUGGAACAAUUCCUGCUGCUGGCUAAAUCAACGAAGGGUGCUGCUGUAGUGGGACUCAUUAAACAGGUCAUUGAAGCGCCUGGAGUCUAUGUGUUUGGAGAGCUCUUAGAAAUGCCAAAUGUUCAAGAGCUUUCUACUGGUCCCAAUAAGUCAUAUGUUUCUGCACUGAACCUGUUUGCGUAUGGAACAUAUCAAGAAUAUGAAGAAAACAUCUCACACUUCCCAGACCUCUCUCAGGUUGCUCUUACUAAGCUGAGACAUCUGACAGUUGUGACGCUAGCAGCCAAGUCCAAACACAUCCCAUACUCAGUGCUCCUCAAGGAACUUCACAUGAAAAACCUACGAGAAUUAGAGGACUUAAUAAUCGAGACGAUCUAUGCGGACGUAAUUCGUGGCAAGUUGGAUCAGAAAAACCAAGAGUUGGAAGUAGACUAUGCCAUCGGUAGAGACACAAAACCAGAAGUAGUGUCAGAUAUCGUCAACGUCUUACAAGAAUGGUGUGACGGAUGCGAGGCCGUACUUAGUAACAUCGAGGACCAGAUUGUGAGAGCCAACAAGCACAAGGAACACUGCGUCAAGACAAAGCAACAGAUCGAACAAGAGGUUUUAAAUAUAAAGAAGGCCAUUAAGGCUUCCUCAUCAUCACAAGAUAUCGAUGACCAACACAUGCAAGCAGAUACCAGGGAGAUGGAGGUACAAGCCAUCAAACCCGUCAAGAAGUCUUCCAAGAUUAAAGGGUUAAGGGGCAGUGGAAAGCUGUGGACAAAAUCAAACUGAUCAUCGCACAACGAUUUCACGGCAGAAGCUCUGUAUCUCCAAAUCCCUGAGCUCAGCCUGUCAAUACGCAUGCCUUCAUGUUGUACAAGAUAGCCUGUACCGGUAGGAGGCGCAACCACUACUGCAGUGAAGAGAGUGUCACAGGCUAUUAGCCUGUACCGGUAGGAGGGGCAACCACUACUGCAGUGAAGAGAGUGUUACAGGCUAUUAGCCUGUAUCUGUAGGAGGCGCAACCACUACUGCAGUGAAGUGAGUGUUACAGGCUAUUAGCCUGUACCGGUAGGAGGCGCAACCACUACUGCAGUGAAGAGAGUGUUACAGGCUAUUAGCCUGUACCGGUAGGAGGCGCAACCACUACUGCAGUGAAGAGAGUGUUACAGGCUAUUAGAUUUGUUCUUGUGGAUGGUGACAGCAAAGAAAUUCAGCCCUUGAUUGAACUGCCACUGCAUUACUGUGUGGCUCAGACAAUGAUAUUUUCUGUUUUGAUGAGAGGCCGACACUAGACUUUAUUCAGACUAUAAUGGCCAUUACAACCAAUUGACGUCUCAGUGUGGAAAGUGCAUGAUGUACUCAUAUUGUUAUUGUAAAUACAUGAUCCUACUUUGUCUGGCGAAAGAUAACAUGGGGUUCUAUGGCUAGGCAACUCCCUCGACGUUGAUGUUUAACCAACAGCCAGGGUACCAGUUUAUGAUCACCAGUUGAGUGGAUGUAUAGUAAACGACAGGUUCUGCACAUCAAUUAAAAAAUCUUUGCAUUAUCAAAUAUCUUUUGGACCACUUUAGUCCAAGUACAUCGUUUUAAAGUGUGUAGGAAAUAAAGUUGCACGCUCUAAGGGUUGAAUAUGCGCGAGACUUGCACAGUCUACAAAUAAAAAACACUGUUUCACCAAGAGUUGUUCAUAAAGGCAUUAGAGGUGCUGAUUUGAUUUAAUUUUACUACAUUUAUAUACAUUAAAAAUCAUUACACAUUAAGUAAAUUGAUUUUGGGUUGAACAAAGAAAAUAGACUAAGAGUUGAACUUUAACAUGCCACCUCCGGAUAAAUGUAACUACUGAGCUAUCUAGCCCUAAUGUAAGCGGUCUCCCUAUUUUGUCAAUAUCUUUGUUUGGAGGUGCCAGUCAUAAGCCAUUCAACCUGUAACUGCUGUAUACCUAAAUGAUCAAGUUCAAGUUUACAAUACAACCUUGGAAGGUGGUAUAGCGCUGGCAUGGUUAAAGGCAGUGGACACUAUUGGUAAUUACUCAAAAUAAUUAUUAGCAUAAAACCUUACUCGGAAAAGAG